AUGAAAGCCGACGUAUUGAUCCUGAUUAUUUUCUACUUAAGACACAACUCCGCAUCUUCUCCUCGUUUAACCGAGAAUUGUGGACUUGCUACAACAACGCCAGACUCUGUGAUAAGUGAACGCAUUUUGAACGGCACUAACGCGACUCCCGGAGCAUGGCCAUGGAUGUUUGAAAUUAGAGGUGGAUUCGGACACCGCUGCGGUGGAGCCCUGAUAACCUCCCGACAUGUGUUGACAAGUGCUCACUGUCUGACCCACAUAUCCAAGAAAUUCCUUAGCGUUAUGCUCGGGAGCUAUUCCAGAAAGCAAGCAGAGAAAGAAGGACUGAAGGAAGAAAUUGAAACCAUCUGCAUACACCCACAAUUUGUAAAGGGCGUUUUCGAGACUGACAUUGCCAUCAUAACACUGAAAAGACAUGUGAAUUGUUCAGAAACACUUAAAACAGUUUGUCUGCCCGACAUCAAUGACAAUCCAGAUAGUGAGGUUCCCAUGUAUGUUGCUGGAUGGGGACACACUGAACCGCUCAUGUGGAAUAAUCAGUCUUCGUCUGAAGAUGUAGACGGGUCUCAUGCCAUAGAAGAUUUGACGACAGUAAACCCCGGCUCCGAGAAAAAAUCCCAAGAAGUAACUGAAGACACAACCGAGUAUUACGACUACUAUGGUGUGGCACCAGUGCCCCAAUUCAAAAAUACAAUUCCUGAUAUACUCCAAGAAGCCCGGGUUCAGUUAAUCCCACAUGAGGAAUGCGAAGGGAUGUAUAACGAGUCGUCACUUCAUGAAAGCAUCGUGUGCGGUAUGCACGACUUUGGAUCUAUAUGCUCGGGCGACAGCGGAGGCCCGUUGGUGUACAAGACAGCAGAUGGCCGUUGGACCUUGAUGGGACUAAUAACCGCUACCGAGUUGCCAUGCAACGUCACCCAUCUCCCGAUGUACUUCGUUAGAGUUAAGCCCUUCAUGGACAACUUCAUCCUUCCCUGCGUUCAAGAUCCUAGUAAUUGCACAUGCAAGCCAGCAAAUGAUACAAAAUUUGGCAUUUAUAAUUAGUGUGUUUUAGAAAAAUUUUCAAACCGGUCAUAUCUGUAUGUUAUUAAAACAAUUAUUGAGAUCAUCUGAGCAACCUUCGGGCGGAAUCACUGGUGUUGCAUGGGUGUUUAGAGUUUUACAUAAAAUAAAAAAAUGUAUCUGCUUUUUUGCAUCUAGUUACCGAGUGUGUCCGCAUUAAGACCAGAUAUUAAGAAGACGCUCAAUAUACCAAAUUCAUUAGAAUAGCAACAGCAGCAACAUGCUUCUUCUGCAUGAGGUUCAAAGCGGCAAAGCUAGCUAAUGCCGGACGUGCCGCAACGCUGACAGUGAUGGAGGUCGACCACGACGACGACGGAGUGGUGUGGAGUGCUGAUUUCGCUGGUCUUUAAUAAGGCGGCUGCUGUCAUGCUGUUCCCGACUUCCUGCGACAUGGUAGCCCUCUUGCUCCUGCUGAACUCCUGGCCGUCCCGAAAACUGGUCGGGACGGCGAGGGGUUAGGGAUGUUCCUGAGACAAUAAUCCAGAGGCUUCUAAACUGGCCAUGCGAAGCGCGAUGUGUCGAAUAGUUUAUACUUUUCACGUAAUUUCAGCGAACGCCCAUAUGAUACCGAAAGUCAAAAAUUUAAUUAAUCAGUUACAGCUUGUUAAUUCCCAACAAUUAUGGGUUGCUUUUGGUAAAUCCUUUCCCAUUU